AUGUUAAUCUAUGGCAAACUCACUCCAGCUGAGUACGAACACGAAGAGUCGUGGUUUCCGUCUACCACAGAGAUGACCAUCCACACGGCUGACCACAUUGCGGCACCGCUACGCACAGUCAAGCACAGGGCUUCUCCCAUUGCAGUACCAGCUCAGAUGGCCACGAACACAUCUUUCCACACCGGGGCACCACCACAGACGGCGCCAAAACUCAGCACACAAUUUGUGAAGAUGCCUUCAACACCCUUGGAAUUAGAGGAGCUAGCUGACAUUGUGCAAGCAUUCCUCUUGUAA